AUGGCUCCUAGGCGGAAUUUAGCGAUCGAUUCAGUGAAGAUAACGAUAGCAUCACUGUUGGGAGUCUUUGACUUUGGAAAGGCUGUCGAUGAGGGUGGGAAGACUAUGGUGCCAUCUGCGGAGUACACUUCAGGGAUGUUGUCGCACUGGUAUCAGUGUAGUCUCGAUUCAGGCCGUGCACUUUCAACAUCUGUUCUCCGCUUUUCCCCCUUACCUACCACCGUCGCCAUGAUAAUCCAGCACACCACAGCACAAUUCAAUGAGUGCGGCAGUGUCAUAAACGUCCACUAUGUCCCUCAAAGCCCGUUGUCCCCUGGAUCUAACACCACCCUUCUGAUUACCUUUAUGGCGCUCAGCAAGGUCGGAUCGUUCGAUAUUGCCGAAAUCCGCAACAGGACAGGCAGUUCAAUGGACGACACUAGCAAUUUGGCUUCAUAUUUGCUGAUUCUGAAAAUGACACGCCUCAAAUCAUUGUACGAAGAGAAGAAGCCGACCUUUUCCCAGUUCUAUAAGCAUUCGUAUACUGCCCUGUAUAAGCUGGUCUCCAAAUCACACCGUCGGCUACUACCAGGUCCACCGGGGCUUCCUAUCAUUGGGAAUGUGUACGAUAUUCCAGGGAAAUUUGAUUGGAUUGCCUACAUGAAAAUGAGCAGGAAGUAUGAUUCAGGCCUCAUUUCGCUCAACUUCAUGGGCAGUCAGGUUAUCGUUGUCAAUACUCAUGACGUCGCAAGGGAUCUUUUUGAAAAAUGCUCCUUGAUAUACUCCGACAAGUUUGCUAAGAUUAUGAGUAGCGGGGAUGGGAAGCUUGUUGGUGCUGAGGUGUCGGGCGGCAAAAGUCCGGUAGAGAUACCUCUUCCAAAAUUGGACGGAGUCAUUGACUCGGCCGGCUUCAAGCCAUCAAAAGUCGAGUCGAAGCCGAGUCAAGCCGUUUUGCAUCCGAGUCAUUUUGGUGACUCGGCUCAGUCCGACUUCGGCUCCGCUCGACGACUCGGCGACUCUGAGCCGAGCCGUGGCAACACUAAAGGCAACUUUACUUCUUUUGUCCGCAUCGUCAUCGAAGGAUUUUUCAUCAGGAGAUCGAAGGCCAUAGCUCUGCUGCCUACCGUCCCUGUGAACUUCGUGAAACAAGGUUGCUCUUGCGACGUCUUUUGGAUGAUCCCGAAAUUAUCGCGGAAUAUGUUCGGACGAUUGAUCUUGGCCAUUACCUACGGAAUCGACAUCAAGCAUGAGGGCGACCCUUACAUCCGAAACGCGGAGACCGCUAUGCAAGCGGCUGCAGCAUGUAUGAACGCUGGAUCGUUCCUUGUCGACGCGUCCCCGAUUUUACGUUUCGUACCCGAUUGGUUCUCUGGGACCUUCAAGCACAAAGCAAAAGAAUGGCGCAAGGCUAUCACUGCUAUGCCUGUGAUGCCCGUGGCUUUUGUUAAGCAAUCGAUAGAAGACGGCACAGCGGAACACUCUGUGGUGUACAAGCAAAAAUCCCAGAUGGAAGCUGACGGAAAUCUAACGCAGGAGAACGAAGACACUUUACGUGAUGUGACGUCUACGUUUUAUGCGGGUGGUGCAGAUACGACAGUAUCCGUCUUGUGCUUUUUUGUGCUGGCGACGGUGCUGUACCCUAAUGUGCAGAAGAAGGGCCAAGCUGCCAUAGAUAUGGCCAUUGGCUCAGGACGACUUCCAGACUUCUAUGACUGCUAUCUUGAACGAAGUUCUACGUUAGGCGCCCGUUUUACCUCUAGGUGCAACUGUGGUGGGCAAUGCAUGGCUUUGCUCCGCGAGGAAGCUAUCUACGGUCCGGAUACAGACACGUUCAACCCCGAAAGGUUCAUGAAAGACGGAGCUUUAAACCUGAAUGUCCCAUUCCCCAUGGAAACCUUUGGCUUUGGCAGACGCAUCUGUCCUGGGAAAGAUCUGGCCAUUAACACCAUAAAGAUAGUUAUGGCUUCAUUAUUGGCGGUAUUUGACUUUGGUAAGGCUGUUGAUGCGGAGGGGAAUGUCAUCGAGGUUUCGAGGGAGUAUCUGUCCGGCGCACUAAUGGAGCUCAGGCACCUCAUGGAACAACCCGAAUCAACGCCAUUGCAAUCGAAGGAGAACAAACCAGAGGCGAUUGAAAACUCAGUGGCAAAGAAACUGGCUUCGCCUGAGCCUUCCGAGUCCGACUGCGAAGAGGUUUCCUUGAAAGAAGCGCCACGAGCACCAGCUGACGCUGGAUACGACUUACGGGAGGACAUCGUUAUUAUGUCCGACGAUGGUGUGUUAUGCAACUGGUCCAGAGGCCUCAGACCCGCAAAGGUGGGCACGCCACUUCCACCAGAAAUUGCUGCACGAGUGGUGAACCUGCCCCGCUCUGAGCCUGAAGAAGACAGCUCAUUAGCAGAUGAUGAGUGCGAUUGA